GGCUGAGGUGGGCGCUCCCUGCGCAGUGUCCCCCAUGUCGGACGGCCCCUGGAUGGGCAGCUGGAGGCCCCACCGCCCGCGGGGCCCCAUCGCCGCCCUCUACACGAGCCCCGGCCCCAAGUACGGGCUCCCGAGCGGCGUCGGUUUCUACGAGCACGACCCGUCCCGGGAGCGCGCCCCCGCCUUCAGCUUCGGGCUGCGGGUGCAGGCGCGGCCGCAGGAGCGCUCCCCGGGCCCCGGGUACCUGCUGCCGCCGGGCACCACCGCCAGGGGCCGCGCCGGGCCCCCCGCGUACUCCAUCUGCAGCCGCCCGCGGGAGCCGCUGCCCUUCAACACCCCCGGCCCAGCCCGGUACCGGCCGGAGCGCGCCGGGAGGGUCGCGUUCCCCACGGCCCCCGCCUGCUCCAUGAGCUCCCGCACCCGGCACGGGGCCGAGCAGCAGACACCGGGCCCCGCUGCCUAUCACCUGCCCCCCAUGCUGGGCCCACACGUUGUGAGCAAGACCUCGGCACCCAGCUACUCCGUGUCAGGGCGCAGCACCAUCGGCACCUUCUGCCAGGACCUGUGCAAGACACCGGGGCCGUGCCAGUACCGCAGGGUGGACACGGACGUGUACAAGCACCGAGCACCGCGGUUCUCGAUGCGGGCGCGGAACGUGCUGCCGGGGGACACCACCACCAAACCGGGCCCUGGCGCGUACAGUCCCCAGCAGAGCCGGCCCCAGGGAGUGACCUUUGGCAUCCGCCACUCCGAGUACCUGACGCCGCUCAUCGUGGAUGUGCCCGACUAGAGCCU